AUGCCCGACACCAUUCUUGACGACAUCUCCCACCGGAGGUACAACCCACUAACAGACAGUUGGCUGCUCGUCUCUCCUCACCGGACAAAGCGACCGUGGCAGGGCCAGCAAGAGAGUGCGGUCCAAACGACUCUGCCGGAGUAUGACCCCAAGUGCUACCUCUGCCCUGGAAACCCUCGCGCUGCUGGUGACAAGAACCCCAGCUAUGACAAGACAUUUGCUUUUGUGAAUGAUUACAGCGCUGUCAAAGAGCAGCAGCCCGACUAUGAGGUCUCCCAGUCGUCAGAUGACUUGGAGUCGCUUCUGCUGCGCGCUCAGGGAGUCAAGGGAGUGUGCUAUGUCCUGACAUUCUCACCAAAGCAUAACACCACUCUUGCUGAUAUGCCGGCCCAAGACAUCCUCCCAACGGUUGACCACUGGACCCGGCUCUACGCCAAUCAUCUAUCCCCGUCAAAUCCGCUUUCAGAAGUGGCAGCAAAGCUUCAACUUUCCAUUUCCAAGGAAGAAGCCCCUAUUCCCAAAGACAACUACCGCUACAUGCAAAUCUUUGAGAACAAAGGCGCCGUUAUGGGUUGCUCCAACCCGCAUCCUCACUGCCAGGCCUGGACGACGUCUACUAUGCCCGAAGAGCCUGGCAAGGAGCUGACACAAAUGACCAAAUACCGCCAGAAGCACGGAAGGCAUCUCCUGGCAGACUAUGUCAAGCUGGAGCUGGAAAAGGGGGAGCGUGUGUUGUGGCAAAACGCCUCCUUUGUCGUUGUAUGCCCGUGGUGGGCUGUCUGGCCAUUCGAAGUCCUCGUCCUUCCCAAGCGCCAUAUCCGCGCCCUCGUCGAUUUCACAGCUGAUGAGCGGCUGCAGCUUGCAGAGGCCAUCCAGGAGGUCACCCGGAGAUAUGAUAAUCUGUUUGAAACCCACUUCCCGUACAGCUCGGGCAUCCACCAGGCUCCGUUGGAUGGAACACCCGAGGAAAUUGAGAAUGCCUACUUCCAUAUGCACUUUUACCCUCCACUGCUGCGGUCUGCGACGGUCAAGAAGUUCCUCGUCGGAUUCGAGCUCAUGGCGGAGCCACAGCGAGAUAUUACUCCAGAGCAGGCAACGACUCGUCUCCGAGCAUGCGAUGGGCAGCUGUACAGGAAUAAACUGAGCUAA